GUCCCCGCCGCCCGCUGAGGAUGCCCCGAGCGCCCCGGUGACCGCCCGCACGAGGGACAGCGCCCGUCUCCAGCCCCAGCGCCCCUCCGGUGGGCGCACCGAUUUCUCCUGAGACGAGCCCAGCCCAGUGUUCAAAAUAGAGUCCCUCAAGGUGACGGUCGACUUCCUAAAGGUGCCCCUCGGCCUGAAGAAGCCCCCUCUGAAGGAGGCCUUGGCGGCCAUCCCGGGGCCGGGGAGACCCAAGCCCCUCGGCGUGGAGCGGCACAAGCCCCGGCGCGCCGACACCAUGGACAAUGAGUCGCAGUACUCGGGCUACUCCUACAAAUCCGGGCACUCCCGCAGCUCCCGCAAGCACAGGGACCGGCGGGACCGGCACCGCUCCAAGAGCCGGGACGGGAGCCGCGGGGACAAGUCGGUGACCAUCCAAGCACCGGGCGAGCCCUUGCUGGACAACGAGUCGACGCGGGGGGACGAGAGGGAUGACAACUGGGGCGAGACCACCACGGUGGUGACGGGGACGUCGGAGCACAGCAUCUCGCACGAUGACAUUACGCGCAUCACCAAGGACAUGGAGGACAGCGCCCACCUGGACUGCUCCCGGCACCUGGGCGUCGCGCUGGCCGGGGCGCUGGCGCUGCUCGCCUUCCUCACGCCCCUCGCCUUCAUGCUCCUGCCCCAGCUGCUGUGGCGGGAGGAGCUGGAGCCCUGCGGGACACCCUGCGAGGGGCUCUUCAUCUCGGUGGCCUUCAAACUCCUCAUCCUCCUGCUGGGCAGCUGGGCGCUCUUCUUCCGCCGCCCCAAGGCUUUCUUCCCGCGCGUCUUCGUCUUCCGGGCGUUGCUCAUGGUGCUCGUCUUCCUCCUCGUCGUCUCCUACUGGCUCUUCUACGGCGUGCGCAUCCUGGACUCGCGGGACCGCAACUACCAGGGCAUCGUGCAGUACGCCGUCUCGCUGGUGGACGCGCUGCUCUUCGUGCACUACCUGGCCGUGGUGCUGCUGGAGCUGCGCCAGCUCCAGCCCCAGUUCACGCUCAAGGCCGUGCGCUCCACCGACGGGGCCAGCCGCUUCUACAACGUCGGGCACCUCAGCAUCCAGCGAGCGGCCGUCUGGAUCCUGGAGAACUAUUACCACGAUUUCCCAGUCUACAAUCCUGCCCUCCUCAACCUGCCAAAAUCCGUCCUGUCCAAGAAAAUGUCCGGGUUUAAAGUCUAUUCCCUUGGCGAGGAAAACAGCACGAACAACUCCACGGGGCAGUCCCGGGCCGUCAUCGCCGCGGCUGCCCGCAGGCGCGACAACAGCCAUAACGAGUACUACUACGAGGAGGCAGAGCACGAGCGCAGGGUGCGGAAACGCCGUGCCAGGCUCGUGGUGGCGGUGGAAGAGGCCUUCACCCACAUCAAGCGGCUGCAGGAGGAGGACCAGAAGAACCCGCGGGAGAUCAUGGACCCGCGGGAGGCGGCCCAGGCCAUUUUCGCCUCCAUGGCCCGGGCCAUGCAGAAGUACCUGCGCACCACCAAGCAGCAGCCCUACCACACCAUGGAGAGCAUCCUGCAGCACCUCGAGUUCUGCAUCACCCACGACAUGACGCCCAAGGCGUUCCUGGAGCGGUACCUGAGCGCUGGGCCCACCAUCCAGUACCACAAGGACCGCUGGCUGGCCAAGCAGUGGACGCUGGUCAGCGAGGAGCCGGUGACGAACGGCCUGAAGGACGGGGUGGUCUUCGUGCUGAAGCGCCAGGACUUCAGCCUGGUGGUGAGCACCAAGAAGAUCCCGUUCUUCAAGCUCUCGGAGGAGUUCGUGGACCCCAAGUCGCACAAGUUCGUCAUGAGGCUGCAGUCGGAGACCUCCGUGUGAGCUGACGAGGGGUGGAGAGGGGCCGGGGGGGCCACCCCGCCUCAUCCUCCCCACCUCUGCCAAGGCUCAGCGAGGCCGCGGCCGGAGGGCAGGACUGCGGCAGGCACCUGGAAGCAGUGCCCGCGCCUGGCCCCGCCACCAACCUGUGGCCACCACUCGCCCUCCGGCUCGGGUCCCCGUCGGGCGAGCCGAGCCCCUUCCUCCUCGUCCCCGCGCUCCCCGAAACCCAGGUCCUUGUAGCAAUCCCCCAGGAGGCGCAUCCAGCGCAGGACGGUGUCGCGGCCGGGAAGGCGACGGCGUCCCUCGGUGCCAUAACUCAAGGGCUAACCCUCCGUUGAAUUUCCUUCACCAGCGUCUUUCCAGCGCGGCCGGGUCUGGCGGACCCCCUGCGCUUUCCCGUUUUCUACCUGGCGACUGUCCUGCCUCUGGCCUUAAAACACCGCCCGGUGUCCGGGGCUGGUUUUUAAUAAUCGAGACUUUUGGAGCAUUUUGCGAACACCUCUGCGAUCUGUGGCUGCUAUGAACCCCUCCCCGGCCUCCGGGGAAGGACCCGAAGCGGCGAUGUGGCCGCGGGCAGGUCCUCGCCUCCCCGCCGUUUUCCACACUCAGCUCUUAACAAAAGCAAGAGAAAGUUGGGGUGUUAAGGCAAAAAGCGGCUU